CAAGAGCGAAGUCAGCCAGUCCCAGACCGACAGCUAAGCUAUUUCCAUGGAAACGUAUUUGGUUCUUGUUGCCCUGCUGCUGCUCACCUGCAGUUGCACAGAUGCCAGCCCGCAGGACUUGGAGAGCAGCAUGCUGCUGGCCGCUGCCCAGCUGAAGCAGCUGGUGGAGAGUGGUGCCGCGGCACGUAACGAGCACAGCAUCGAGGUGCUCGGCCAGAAGAUGGGUGGGGCGACAUCGUUUGGCUUUGGCGAUGCGUUGCGACCAGGAGCUGGUCGUCGCCGUCGGCGGACUGCCCGUUGGCAAACGCAGCUGACCCUGAUGCCUCGACCUGAGCUUAGCAAAAUAAAUGCAUAG